AGGACCACAUAUCCCAGAGGCCUUUGAGCCGCUGCCGUGGUCACGUGACAUUGUGUAAAGCCAAUAAGCGCCGGUUACUUCCUGUCGUCCGUCGUGAAGGUGAAACGCUUGUUAGCAUCACCCACUGCCUCCUUCUACUGCCAGAAGAUGUCGACCGUGUCUGCUGCCAGCGUGGAGGCCGGCGCCCUCGCACCGGGUGGUGAGGAGAAGAAGCCACUCAGGCCGUGCUGCGCUUGUCCAGAAACCAAGAAAGUUCGAGACGCGUGCAUCAUCGAAAAGGGCGAAGAGAACUGCACAGACCUGAUUGAGGCCCACAAAGACUGCAUGAGGCAGCUUGGGUUCAAGAUCUAACGGAUUUCUGUGUGUGUGCACGUGUGCGUGUGUGUGUGUUGUGGUGCAAAAGGAAGAUGACCCAGCAACUGAGUUCCACUUCUUUAUUUAUUCAUCUGGAUGGAACACGUGAAUUAUGUUUUGUUUUUUAAAAGCGAGACUUGUGUGUUGAAUGGAAUAAAAGUUCUAUGCAAUAA